AUGGAGUCUGAUGCGUUUCGGGAUGGAUGUAUCCCCAUUAACUAUCCGUUAUAUCCUACGGUGUUGAUGUGGGAGACUUCGGUGUCUUCCAGGUUCGAGGCCGCAAAUCAAGGAUAUGACAUCACGUACAUUGACCACUCCUUACUGUGCCGUUACGACCAGAUAAGUAGGGGACCACCACAUCAACCGCUGUGCUCUAUUGCCCCUCUCAAUCUGCAGCGUGCACGAUACGAUAUCGCCCCAGAUUAUGAGGCAAGCCCCAAGAUUGAAUGGAGUCCAAAGCUAAUUUCACAACUAUGUAUAGGCAUUACCCCCAUAGUUCCAGCCAAAAAGCGUAUAGACAAAGGAGAUAUGGAGUCGAAGAACAUGACUUUAAAAACAUCCGAACGAAUCAACGUGGAGGCGAACAGAAGCGAAUUAUGUCGUCAACUGACAACUCCCAUCAAGACAGUGGUCUAUCUCGCGAAAGAAGGCGAGUGUGACCCCGGCAAAAAAAGGAAAUAA